AUGACAAACGAAACAACACUUCCAUCUUUGAGUGAAAAAAAAGCUAUGGACGAUGAGACAACACUUCGAUAUUUUACAUCGAUUCGACAACAAGAACCUGAAACAUCAGCAGCUAUAACAGCUAUACGUACAUUACUUGAUGUUAUAAAACGUUCAUCAGCUGGUACGUUAAGUGAAUUAUCACGUGAACUUAAAGUAGCUGUACAAUUAUUAACAACACAAACUGAUUCAUCAAUGCCAAGUGUUAAAUCAGGUUGUGAAUUAUUCUUAUGUUUUAUAACAUUAGCAAAAUUAGAUGCAUAUGCUAUUGAUGAAUGUCGUCAAAAAUUAAUUGAACGUGGUCAAGUUUUUUUAGAUCGAGCAUUAUUAUCACGACAACGUAUUUGUGAAUAUAGUCAAGAAUUUAUUGUUGAUGGAUGUAUUAUAUUAACACAUUCAUAUUCACGUGUUGUUCUUACUCUACUUAAAUAUGCAUCGAAAUUUACACGUUUUAGAGUAUUUGUAACACAAUCUGAACCAGAUAAAAGUGGAAUAAAAAUGAGAGAUGAAUUAGAAGCUAUUGGCAUACCAGCUGUAUGUAUAUUAGAUGCUAGUGUAGCAUAUAUGAUGGAACAAGUAACAUUUGUUUUAAUUGGUGCUGAAGCUGUUGUUGAAAGUGGAGGAAUAAUUAAUAAAAUUGGUACAUUUAAUUUAGCUAUUGCAGCACAUGAAAUGAAUAAACCAUUUUAUGUUGCUGCUGAAUCAUUUAAAUUUGUUCGAGUUUAUCCAUUAAAUAAUCGUGAUUUACCUGAUCAUUUUAAAUAUAAAUCAUCAACAAUAGCACGUUUAAAUGAAAAAGAUCUUAUUAAUGAACAUCCACUUGUUGAUUAUACACCACCAGCUUAUAUUACAUUAUUAUUUACAGAUAUUGGUUUAUUAACACCAUCGGCUGUUAGUGAUGAACUAAUUAAACUUUAUAUUUAA